AUUUGGCGCGAGACUGUUGUCACCAUAUCAACUGCUAUAAACAACUGCAAAAUGCCACCGACAGGGCAAAUGCGGGCAAAAGCAACCAAGCUGAGUUCUAUACACGAUGCCGUGAAAUUGGGUGUUGUUGAGGAAGUUGAAUAUAUGGUAAAAGAAGGUGCCAGCGUGAAUGAAGUGGAUAAGACUAAAGAUCGAUUUACACCCUUGCACUGGGCUUGUGAAAAAGGUGCCUUAGAAGUACUUCACUGGUUGUUAUGGCAUGGAGCGGAUAUGACUGUACAGACUCCAAAAGGAUGGACCCCCUCACAUAUCGCUGCGAUUCGAGGUCAAGAUGCUUGUAUGCAAGCUCUAGCCAACAAUGGGGCUAAUCUAAAUGCUAAAGACGCCAGAGACGCUACACCCGCUCAUUUAGCUGCUGUACAUGGCAAUUCGUUCACAUUGCAUACAAUUUUGCGAGCUGGUGUUGACGUUACAGCAACUGAUAAAAUGGGUUGGACUCCCGUCCAUUGUUCAAGUUUUCACGGUCGUUUAGGAUGUUUGCAAUUGUCCAUAAGAUGGGGUGGGAAUAUCGAAGAAGCGGAUAAUAGCGGAAAUACCCCAGCUCAUUUAGCAGCUAUGGAAGGACAUUUGCAUUGCCUGAAAUAUUUAGUUAGCGAAGGCAUGACAGCUAGCCACGUGUUGGGUGCUAGAAAUGAUAAUGGGGAGACUCCUAAAAUGUUGGCGCAACAAUUUUAUAAGGAAAAUAUAAUCGAAUAUAUCAGCGCUAUAGAAUGGGAAAGGGACCAUCCAGAAGAGGCCGAAAACUUGACUUUCCCUGCUCACGUCUCGGCUUAUACUGGAGACUUGGACCAUCUGCGAAUGCUAAUUGACAAUGGUAUUGUCAAUAUCAAUGAAAGGGACGAUAAAGGAGCAACACCUGCGCAUAAGGCAGCUGGUCAAGGUCACGUAGAAAUUCUUCAGUGGCUAAUUGAAAUGGGCGCCAAUGUAAAAAUAACUAAUCAAGCUGGUGAAACCCCCUUGGACAUAGCGAGAAGGUUCGCUCAAUUGGCAGCGGUCAAAAUACUCAUGCAAUACACAAAUGAACUGGACGAAGAGGAUGAAGAUAACAGCGAUGGUAGAAUGCAGGAAAGAAUCUUACAAAAGGAAAGAAGGCGGGAAAAGGAACGACGCCGAGAGGAGAGGGAGCAGAGGAGAGAGGAACGUCGCCGCGAAAAAUACGAGGCGUAUAGAGAAAGGAAACGAGGCAGACGAAGUAAGAUAAAGGAAUUACGUAAGGAUCUCGACGAACUGGAAGAAAACGAGGACGCCGACGAAUUAGAAAGAGAAGAACUCGUGCAACAUAUAAAAGAGCUUGAAGAAGAACAAGAGAACGAUGGUGUAGACGAGGACGAUGAAGAAGACGAAGAAGAUGAGGAAAGCGCAGCAGAAGAAGAAUUUAUUUCUCCCCCUCCAGCUGGAAAUACAGAGGGUACAAAUAUGGAAUUUACAGCCAAACAACGUAGAGAAGCCCGAGGAAGGGCGAAAAAAAAAUGUGAUGAACUGGAAAGACUUUUGUUAAUUGCAAAGAAGAAUUAUACACAACUUGGAGGACAACUGCCGGAAGAGAGGGAACGAUUAAAGCUAGACAGAGAUAGUAAAAGGUAAAUAAUUAACAAAUAUAUACAAUUGAUAUAUUAGAAAAACUAUCUUGCAACAUAUUCUUUAUGAAUUAGUUAACUCACUCAACCAAAACAAAUGAUUAAGAUUUUUAAACUAGUCUUUGUUAUUACUUACAGUUCAUCUCCGUAAGUAUAGGCUAUUUCUCUCGAUAACGUCCUAUAUACAAGUAUAUAUAUAUAUAUAUAUAUAUUCGUACAUUGACAAACAAAUACUAUUCAUAUAUUGCUCUAUUGUAAAAGUUACCAUCUCAGUUAUAAUUGCUAUAGAUGUUUAGUUGAGCACAUUAUUCCCUUUAAAAAAAAAAAUGAAUCACCUCUCUUUUCGUAUACGUGCAUGAUAACGAUGAUUGUAAUAAUGGCAGCAAUGGUAAUCUUGAUGAUUCUUCUUUAUUUGUUUCAUUUUGUUCCUCUCUUUCCAUCAUCAAUUUAAUAAGAAUCAAUAUUCAUUCUACUGAUGAUAAUAAUUAUUUAUGAACUUAUCUAUUUAGACUUUUAUACGCUUUAUUAGAUUUUCGUCGUUGUAUAAAUAUUCACUUUUGUCUGCAUUAUAAGGUAUUUAAAAGGUCUAAAGGAAGAGAGAGAGAGAGAGUGAGAGAGGAGGGAUGUGGAUGAAAUGCGUAUAUUAAUAUAAAUCUACAUGUGUUUAUAUAGAUUUAUAUUAAGAAACUUGAUAAGUUUAUGCUUUUUUUUAUAAAACUACUUUUCCGUUAUCCUUUCGUACUAUUUCAAAGUUUAUCCUUUUUCUCUUUCUUUUACCAAAACAGGACUAUAAAUGAGUUGGAAGCUCAAUUGCAGUACGAGAGGAAUAAGAGGGAGCAUCUGGAAGCCAAACUGGAUGAGUAUAGGAGGGAAAUCCUGUACCUAAAUACUCGACUUGAAGAACUCUCAAUUCCCAGCCAAAGAGAAUCUGAAGAAAGAAUCGAUAGAACUAAGAAAAAGAAGAGACAGAUGAGAAAAUCCACUUCAGAAGCUGGUGUCUUUGUAAGAAGAAGUCAGAGUGGCAGUAGAAAGUCGGGAAUGUUAAAAGUUGUCUAAAUAUUUUACAUCGAAAUAUUUCAUAAUAUAAAAUAUUAUGAGAUUAUUAUACAUUUAUACAUAUCAUGCAUAUUAAUAAGGUAAUAUUUCAUAAAUAAAAGCUCAGUCUAGAGAUUUAUUACACAUUGUGUAGUAUAAGUACUAUGAAGGGGAAUCUUGAUAAUAUUCACUACGUAUUGAAAGAUUUACAA